GGCGCUAAUUCUAUACCCGUGGUUCUCCAAAGAUAAAGUAGAGAAAAAGAAGAAGAAGAAGACUUAAACCAUCAGGCCCCUGUUGUGAUCAGCAGUUCGCUGUUCCGCGCGCGCAGAGUUGCUGGAGGAGAGAAAGAGGAGUUGCUCUAUUGUAAGGGCUCUAACACUUUUUCACACUGUAUAAACACGGAAAGGCUAAACGUGGCUUAAUGUGCUAAAACCACAACACUGAACGUGAUGAUGCUCAUGGAGCUGAUGUUAUGGAAUUGAGGAGCCCAGUCCGGCUCCUGGACAUACAGCACCCUGCAGAGUUUCGCUCCAAGCUCCAGGAAAAAAAUCGCUUCUUGCUGCAAGUCGUCUACUGCUCCUAGUGUUUUGUUUAUUUAUUCCUACAAAAGUACAUUCCAUCAGGAGGACUACAUAAAACUUCUGAAAUCAAGGCUUUCAAGAUUCAAAAUUUCCAAGUUCUCCGCAAACAGCCUCUGGUCCUCUACAACAUAACACGUUUCUCUGACUAAUGGAGGAAAACACAGACAAAAAGAGAACUCACUAUUGCCUGGACUGUGGGAAGAGUUUUACUCUACAGAGUAAUCUUCAACGACACAAACUUGUUCACACAGGAGAGAAACCGUAUCGCUGCACAGAGUGUGGGAUAGGAUUUACUCAACAGACUCAUCUCCAAAGACACCAACUGAUCCACACAGGAGAGAAGCCGUAUGCCUGCUCAGAAUGUGGGAAGAGUUUUACUCAAAAACAUAGUCUCCAAGUCCACCAGCGCAUCCACACAGGAGAGAAACCGUAUCACUGUUCAGAGUGUGGGAAGAGUUUUAAUCGACAGAGUCAUCUCCAAGCACACCAGCACGUUCACACAGGAGAGAAACUGUAUCGCUGCUCAGAGUGUGGAAUGAGUUUUAGUCAACAGAAUAAUGUACGACUACAUCAGCGCAUUCACAGAGGAGAGAAACCGUAUCAAUGUUCAGAGUGUUGGAAGAGUUUUGGAGAUAUUGGUACUCUAAACAAACACCAGCGCAUUCACACAGGAGAGAAACCGUAUCACUGCUCUGAGUGUGGAAAGAGUUUUAGUCAACAGAGUAAUCUCCGACUACACCAGCGUAUUCAUACAGGAGAGAAACCGUAUCAUUGCUCAAAAUGUGGGAAGAGUUUUAAUCGACAGAGUCAUCUCCAAACACACCAGCGUGUUCACGCAGGAGAGAAACCAUUUCACUGCUCAGAGUGUGGAAAGAGUUUUACUCAAAAACAUACUCUCCAAAUCCACCAACGUGUUCACACUGGAGAGAAACCGUAUCAUUGCUCAGGAACUCACUAUUGCCUGGACUGUGGGAAGAGUUUUCCUCAACAGAGUAAUCUUCAGCGACAUAAAUUCACUCACACAGGAGAGAAACCGUAUCGCUGCACAGAGUGUGGGAUAGGAUUUACUCAACAGACUCAUCUCCAGAGACACCAACUGAUCCACACAGGAGAGAAGCCGUAUGCCUGCUCAGAAUGUGGGAAGAGUUUUACUCAAAAAAAUAGUCUCCAAGUCCACCAGCGCAUCCACACAGGAGAGAAGCCGUAUCGCUGCACAGAGUGUGGGAAGAGUUUUAAUCGACAGAGUCAUCUCCAAGCACACCAGCACGUUCACACAGGAGAGAAACUGUAUCACUGCUCCGAGUGUGAGAAGAGUUUUGGAGAUGUUCGUACUCUAAAAAAUCACCAGCGCAUUCACACAGCAGAAAAACUGUAUCACUGCUCAGAGUGUGGAACAAAUUUUAAGAGACAGAGUCAUUUCCGACUACACCAGUGCGUUCACACAGGGGAGAAAUCAUAUCACUGUUCAGAGUGUGGAAAGACAUUUCUUCGUCCAAGGAGUCUCCAAAUACAUCAGCGCAUUCAUACUGGAGAGAAACCAUAUCACUGUCCAGAGUGUGACAAGACAUUUCAUCAUCCGAGUAUCCUCCAAUCACACCGGCGCAUUCACAGCGGAGAGAAGCCGUAUCAGUGUUCAGAGUGCGGGAGGAACUUUAAUCAGCAGAGUAAUCUCCAAAGACACAAACUCAUUCACAGAGGACAGAAACCAUAUCACUGCUCAGAGUGUGGGAAGAGUUUUACUCAAAAAAACAAUCUCCAAGUCCACCAGCACGUCCACACAAAGGUUAAACUGUAUCACUGCUCAGAGUGUGGGAAGAGUUUUAAACGACAGUAUACUCUCCAACUACACCAGCGCAUGCACACAGGGGAGAAACCAUAUCACUGCCCAGAGUGUGGGAAGAGUUUCGGAGAUACAGGCACUCUAAAAAAGCACAAGCGCAUUCACACAGGAGAGAAACCGUAUCAGUGUUCAGAGUGUGGGAAGACCUUUAGUGAUCCGAGCAGUGCCAAAUCACACCAGCGCAUCCACACUGGAGAGAAACCAUAUUCCUGCUCACAGUGCGGGAAGACAUUUAGUCAUCCGAGUACUCUCAAAGCACACCAACGCAUCCACACCGGAGAGAAGCCGUACCACUGCUCAGAGUGUGAGCGGAGCUUUACGCAUUUGAAGUCUAUGAAGAUACACAAGUGCACUAAGAAGAAAACCAAAGCGAUUGAUGCAUGAGUGUCAAAUUAGAAAACAUUAAUUAUAUAAUAGGGCUGGCGCAAACUAGUAAGUUGAAGCAGGGCCAUGAUACGGCAGUGGUAAAACUGCAGUGAAGAGGCAGAAGGAGAGAACAGAAAUCAGUUUUCCUGCUAAUCACAAAGCCUAAAGUACUGAGUGUGGAUGUACUACAUGAAAUUCCACUGCAGUCUGUGUAGGACUUUACAGGAAUACAGUCUCGUGAAGGCAGAUGGGACCACAAACAGCAGUUUCUCCAUUAGCAAGAAUGUUUCUGAGUCUAUUCUCUCUAAAGAGAUUAUCACUCACAGUUACAGAGUUACCUCGUUCUCUCAGCUGUAAGAGAGUUCUUCAGUCUGAAGGAUGUUUUCAUUUGCCGAUACAGAGGUUAGCCUGUUCCCAGCUGAGAGAAAGUUCAUCACAAAGGGCGUUUUAACUCUCAGCUCCAGAGGUUAGUUUGUCACCAGCUGAAACAGUUUGAGUUUAAAGGACAUUCUCACCACCGCAGAGGUUCGCUUGUUGCUGGUUGAGAGAAAACCUCUGAGUGUGAAGCACGUUUUCACUCACUGCUAUGGAGAUCAGGCUGUUGCUGGCAGAGAGGAAGUUUCUCAGUCCCAAAGAGUUAAUUUUACAGAGACGUCUAACCUUUAUUUCUGUAGGGUCACAAAUGCAGGAGCAUUAUAUGGUUGCUGAUCCUGUCUCUUCUUUGGUGAUAUUUCCCACCUCACUGUUAGUUGAAUAAACAUACUGACUUGGGUUUAAUUUGUUUUUUGAGUUUAGAGGGCAUCAUUUCUACGACACCUUGUAUUUAAAUUAGAUAAUAAUCUUUUUGUGAUUAUCAUUGUUGGAGGACUUUUGUGAUCAUGCAUCCUGUAUGCUGUGCUGAAUGCUUUAUUCCAUAUAAACAUGUUGGAUGUUACAUUAAUUAAGAUUGAUCUCUGCCUUAUUUAGAAAUUUUAGAGAGUACUUUUGGAUCUGUGUGUGUUUCUCUUGGUUUCUGAACAUCACAGUGCAUAGAGGGUGAUGGUUCUUGAGAACAUUGCUGUGAUUGAGAUAAGGACUUGUUUAUGUCCAUCUCUAGUGACUGCUGAGCACAGAGGUGGAUUACUAACCAGGCCAGUGUCCAUGGGCCUCUAACAACUCGAGGGGGCUCAAAUAUUUGGGACAGUAGAGAAGUGAAUAGACAGUGAACGUCCAAAUUACUGAAUAAGUGAAACACAUAGUAAGUCGAUUUAGUGAUUUUGGUCUGUCCAGAAUCACUAAAACCACUGUAAAACCACUGUAAGUCGCUCUGGAUAAGAGAUUCUGAUAAAUGCUGUAAAUGUAACUGUACAUUAAAAAAUGUCCUUAAAGUUUUAUAUUAUUGUGAACUUGAUAAAGACUAUCUUAUUGAUUAUUUCAGCAUUAUUUUAUUUUAGGUGAUCUGUUGUGAUCAGCAAAACAUUCAGUACUGUAUAAUUUCAUUUAAUCUUGUGUGAAUCUCUGAGUUAUGUAUGUGUGUAACUACUGUACCUAUGGAGUUUUGAGCUAAAUCAAGAACUGCUCAGCAUGUUUGUUCAGCCAUGACAACAUGUCAUGUCUCUUUCUGUGAAAUACUCUGAGCUCCUAAACCCAGAGUUCUCACCUCUAGGUGAGAGUAAAGUACCGCCCACGCUGUCCCUAAUAAAGUUAUCAACUUAUUUACACUUACAAAAUCAACAGAACAUGUAAUUUAACUAGGCCGUUCAGACUUCUGCAUAGAACUCUUAUCUGCUGUUUCUCAUUUUGAGAUUGUUAUAAGAAUAUUAUAAGGGCCUGUGUUGUACAGUUUUCUUAUCUACUUAUACAUUUGUUUGGUUUUAUCAACCUAAAGCAGUAAUAAUUAAUUUCUACAUGAUUGUUUUCUGAUCCCUCAUCUCUUGAAAUCAAACAGGCUGUUUUUGUUGUUGUGUAUUUAAGACUGAUUUACGGAAAUGAUCUCUGUUCUGAAUGGCUGCCUUGUUGAAAUAGUGAUUCUGUCUGCAACAUUACUUAGCGUAAAUGGGCGGGGCUAAACUACAGUAGACUGAAUGGACUAUACUGAACUAUAUGUGGAUGUAAAUUUUAGUGUUUUUCAUGACAUCACCAAAACACUAAAUUCACAACAGGCUGUUGUUGCAUUUCAUUUCCAGACAGACAGACAAAAUUUUACUGAUCCCGCGGGGAAAUUGCAUGUAUAGACUGGGGUCUGAACAGUUCUUUGAAACUCUUUGAAAAAUAUUUACAUACUACAUUAAUGUCUGUUUAAAAAAUAGCUACUAUAUUUUUGUUUGAUAAUUUGGUUUUCCAUGAUUAUUUGAACUACAACCCAUUUCUAGUAUUUUUACUUGUUCUAAAGAAUUUUAUUGAAGAAAUGGGCUUGAAAAGGGAAAAAUUUGCUGCCAAUAGGGUGAGGUUAUAACCUAAUAACUAAAUAAAUAAAUAUUAGAUUAUAUAAUAAACAAAAUGGGACACUGACUUCAUUAUGAUUAUGAUAUCAUAAGCAUUUAAUAAACAUUUCAUUGAUAAUCUCGAAGUCUGAACGUCAGGUCUUGGCAAAGUUUAGGCUCCAGCUGCAUGCAGUGGCAUUCUGUUCUUCUAAUUAUCAGUAUUAGUAAUAAUAAUAUUAAGCUGGUGGCAGAAAGUGCACAUAAUAUACCUGUUAACUGCUGGUAAAUUCUGGGCAUCUGGGCAGAUUAACAUGUUCACCACCCUGCAAAUAAUGCAAAACUGAACUGAUGGCUUUCCUGAUUCUCCAGUUUGUAGCUGUUCUUCUAUUUCAUUUAGACUCAGAUACUGUUCAACUUCCACAAACCCUUUAUGAUGACGAUCUCUUCUAGUAAAUGGAUAUUAAAUAUUGAAAGAAGACGAAGUUUCAAAUAAGUCAUUUAAAAUCAUGUUUAAUGAUGUCUUUCAUUAUGUAUCAUAUAAUUAUAUUUUAUGAUCAUUUAGUGAACAUGAAGUUAGAAAGUAGUGGAAAAGACUAGAUUAAUUUUCCAACUCUUCACAAAGUGAAACUAACUCAUUAAGGUUUUAAACAAUGUUUACCAUUCAAAUAUAUUUUUAAAAAGUAGCUUUGAUGUUAACAGCUGUAUGUUUUGUGAAAAAUGACACAUCUGAUCAUCUGUUCUAUUUUUGUGCUUAGUUUUGUGAUGAAAUAAUUCAACAGUAAUCAUGUUGUAUUUGGAAUAUUAAUAAAGGAUGAAAAGUUAAGAAUGUGUUGUCAGUAUUUUGUAUCUUUGCCUCUGGUAAAGUCCAAAAGUCCAAAUGUACGAAAUCCCGGACUGAAAAAACAAAUAUUCAACUUCCGCUGCGUUCUGUGGUUGCUAUGGUGAUGUGAAGCGCUUCUCAACUGGCCAAU